UAAUUUGAUCCAAAUAACUCAUAUCUUCCCUCUCCUAAUGGUUAUAUUAUCUGAAUACAAUGAAGGGUCAUCUUCAUCUACUAAUGAUCAUAAAUAUGACGUGUUUUUAAGUUUUCGAGGUGAUGAUACUCGUCAUAGUUUCACAGAUCAUCUCCAUAAGGCCCUCUUGGGUGCCGAUAUUUCUACCUUUUUGGACGAUAAAGAGAUUGAAACCGGAGGUGAUCUUAAACCAGAAUUGGAGGGUGCGAUUAAAGAAUCUAGGGCUUCUAUCAUCGUGUUGUCUAAGAACUAUGCAAAUUCGUCAUGGUGUCUAGAUGAACUGGUACUAAUCCUUGGGGAACGUAAGGCCUCCAACCAAAUUGUUAUCCCCAUCUUCUAUCAUGUCGAUCCCACCCAUGUUCGGAAGCAACAAAGUAGCUUUGGAGAUGCAAUAGCUAAGCAUAAACGAGUGAUGAGGGCUGAGAUAAAUCCAAAUAAAAGAAGUCAAUGGGCUCAAAAGGUUGACCGAUGGAGUCAAGCUCUUACUGAAGUUGCUGAUUUGAAAGGGAUGAAUGUCGAUGGCAGGCAGGAGACUGAGUUUAUUGAUGAAAUUGUUAACAACAUCUACUUUAGAUUACGCAAACACUCAAGGAUUCCUGUGCCACAACUAAUUGGGAUGGCCAAUUCCAAGAAAUUCGUCACUUCAUGGUUAAAAGAUACAUCCUCACAAACGACAGACAUACUCACUAUUUUGGGUAUGGGUGGGAUCGGGAAGACGCAUGGUUAUAACAACAAAUGACGCAUGGUUGACAGAGAGUUGUGCAUUAUUCAAAGUGGCCAUUAAGCCCAUGCAUGCAAAGCAUCUGCUUCAAGGCUUAGAUAAGCAUGAAGCACAACAACUUUUUUGUUUUCAUGCAUUCAGGCCCAACCAUCCCAAGGCAUGCUAUAAAGAGGUAUUAGAAAGGCUUGUGGAGUAUUGUCAAGGACAUCCAUUGGCUCUUCAAGUUUUGGGCAAGUCUCUAUAUAACCGAGAUGUAGUUUAUUGGGAAGAACACAUGGAACUGCUAAAGAAAGACAAUGGCUCACCUAUAAACAAUGUCUUGAGAAAAAGCUUUGAAUCAUUGUCAUCCAAAAAUGAUAAGGAGUUGUUUAAGUAUAUUGCUUGUUUUUUUGUUGGAAUGGAUAGAGAUUUUACCGAAACAAUAUUAAAGGCAUGUGAUAUAAAAAUAAGAUCUGGGAUCAUGAAUCUCACUGAUAAAUGCCUUCUUAGUAUCGGACAUAAUAACACAUUGAUGAUGCAUCGGUUGAUUCAGGAGAUGGGAAGAUUUGUAGUGCAUCAAGAAUCACCUGACAAGCCAUGGAAGCGAAGUCGAUUAUGGUGUAAUGAGGAGUCAUUCAAAGUGUUGAAGCAAAAAAGGAGUAUGGGAAAUCUUCUAGGACUCACCCUUGACAUGAGAAUGCUUAAGAAAGAGUUGCUAAGUGGAUCGUUUGAGUUGAAAACAAAUAUAUUGAGUAAGAUGGACAAUUUAAUGCUCCUACAACUCAAUUAUGUGAAAGUCCAAGGCUCUUAUGAAAACUUUUCGAAAGAAUUAAGGUGGUUGUGUAUGCAUGGGUUCCCUUCAAAGUAUAUACCUUCAGACUUGCCCACGGAUAAUCUGGUUGCUCUUGACAUGUCGUAUAGCAAUAUUGAAUCAUUUAUCAAUUUUUAUAGUAAUCCACAACUCGAAAAUAGGGAAAAGCAGUCAAUUGGAUCUCGUGCAAAAGACAAAAAGCUUCUUGGAUCAUUGAAGAUUCUUAAUUUAAGUUUUUGUGGAGGGCUUCGUAGUUUGGUUGGCUUUGUAGAAUUCCCUGCACUUGAGAGGUUAAUAGCUACAAAUUGCAAUGAAUUGCUUGAGGUUUGUGAAUCAGUUCAAGAAUUUGUUGGACUUGUCUACAUUGAUCUAAGGUAUUGCAACAAGCUUGAAAAGCUUACCAUGGGCAUGUUAAAGAUGGUUAAAACACUAUUGCUAGAUGGUUGCAAUCUCGGUAGAUCCCAAAUCGAGAUUAAGGAUAAAUGCAAAAUGGUCGAGGCUAACAACAUUGGCAUAAACACAAAAGUCUCUUCAUCCGCCGUUCUUGAGGCUAUACCAAGUGAUUUGAAGUUCUUCACGAUUUCUUUGCCAAGCUCUUUAGUAAGGCUGUCACUUGCAAAUAAUAAUUUGUACACGGAAUCCUUUCCGAUGGACUUUAGUUGCUUGUCCAUGUUAGAGGCAUUAAAUUUAGAUGAAAACCGUAUCAGUUCCAUGCCUAAUUGUGUGAGAAGCCUUUCUAGGCUUCAGUCGCUCAGUAUGCAACACUGUGACAUGCUUACGUUAGUCGAGCAUCCUCCAACUUCACUAACAUUUUUGAGCAUGUAUUCUGAAAAAAUGCAUGUGCUACGCAAAGUUGUAUUUGAUCCAGAAAUGCGCCCACUCAACUUAUCCAUACCGUGGAGAAGGUUAGCACCCCAGUUGUGUGAAAUUGAAGGCAUGGUCAAGAUCCAACCUAUGGCAAGUGUUGAGGAAAAGGUAUUACAUAGUUUGUGCUGGAACAAGCUCGACUUCCUUAACAAAAGGGGCGUGCGAACUUAUUCUUAUGGGAGAGACUCACAGGAACAUCAAAUCCAGAUGUAUUAUGAAUUUGGAAUAUUCAGCACAAUUUAUGGGGGGAAAGAUAUGCCGAAUUGGAUUACACAUAGAAGCAAUGGGCCAUCAAUAUCAUUUACCAUUUUAUCAUCUUCUAACAAGCCUAGAGGAUUUAAUUUCUGCUAUGUCAGUACAUAUCAAUUGCCGGUGAUCAUUAUUCAUAAUAUAACAAAAAACCGAACCUGGAUAUAUGAACAUUGCAUUGGCAAUGUUGGUGUAGGCGAAGAGUCUUACACUGUGUUAAGCCAUUGGAUGUUUAGGAUGAAUGAGAUGGAAGGUGGUGACUCGGUUAGUAUCACUCUAAGAAACUUUAGGUCAUAUAAUGGAAUUGCAAUGAAGUGUGGGGUGAGUGUUGUUUAUGAUGAUGGAAACACGGAUGAAGAAGAUGCAUUGGGUUAUUACAAGUCAUGGAAUCACAUCAUUGGUGGAGAUCUUACUGGGUAUCAACUAACAACAGGAGAAUACAUCCUAAGCAUAUUGCGAAUUACUACACAUGGUAUCAAACCAUUUAUGAGAUAUGGUAAAUUUGUUGGAGACCGCGACUACUAUAAAGGAGAUGAAAUGUUGUUUACAGCUUUAUCCCAAAGGAAGCCAGCCAUAGUUGGUCACAUACCCGAGGAAAUUGGAACAUCUACGUGCAACGAUCUCAUCCUUAAUGAUAAGGAUGAGGUUGAUGGAGAUGAGGUCCCUGUCAUGGCUGAGGUCGUUAAGUCUGAGUCUGAGGUCGAAGUCGACGUUGAGGUCAUGGUCGAGGCUGAGUUAGAACAACAGGCUAAACGUUCAUGUAUUUGGAGGAAGUGGUUUAACUGUACACGGGCAUAACUUUUAUAUAAAGAAUUAGGCAGCCAUGAGCACUCCAUGGAAACUUCUCAACAGGAUUGUGAAGCCCAAAUUCAUUUCUUUAGGGCUCUGAUUUCAAAGUAUUUGGUUUUUAUCAAGAUUUUCUGUUUUUUUACUUAAUUAAAUCGUGUGUUUUUGUCAAUCAGGCGAUAUUUUAUACUAUAAUUAUUAGUUAAUUUUAGUUUCUUUCGUAUUUUAAAUUUUUAAAAACCACCAUCUCAUCGUCUAUUUUAUUAAUAUUGUGAGUAUAUGUAUGGAUAUCACGCUUUUGGCCCUUAGAUUUUGUACAUUCCUAAUAUGAAUGUCUUGUUCU